AUGGCUUUAAAAAAUGAUUACGCGGGGUUCUGCUUCCACACAAAUAAAAUAAGCAAAAUUGACAGAAUCCAUGGAGACAUAAGCGCUGAGCAGUUUUAUCUGGACUACAUCUUAAAAAGAAAACCGUGUCUAUUAAACAGUGAAUGCGUAAUCAAAAACAGGUGCAACAUCGACAUAAAAUAUUUGAGGGAACAUAUAGACAAUGUCCCUGUUGAAUUAGAACAAAAGAUUUCAAAUUCGUUCGGGAUAGGCGAGAAAAAAAAAAUGAAAUUUCAUGACUUUUUGUCAUUAUUGGAGGAAGGAAAUACGGAUUAUUACUUAAAUACACAGUAUAUAAAAGAAAAUGCAUAUUGCCCUUCUGACUUUUGUAACGCGUUGACUCGGCAGAUGAUAAAUUUUCUUCCAAAGAGACUGGAAAUAAUGGGCAACUUGGAAAUUUACCAGUACAAUAUGUGGCUGGGAAACAACACAGAUGAAGAUUUAAAAACGUUUCUACACCAUGAUUAUCACGACAACAUAUAUGUACUACUAAAAGGCAAGAAAGUGUUUAGGAUAUAUAGCCCCAAUUUUGCUCCUCAUUUGAAAACGAACGGAAAUAUUUACCGUAUUCAUAGCAAUGGCCUAAUUACCUACUCCCCAUUUAUAAGAAGUGACGGAUCGCACUUCUUAGAUGUGUACAAAAAAAAAAUGGAUAAGGUGUACCUCCACAUUAGCGCCAUGAGUGACCAUUUAGACAAAAAAGACAAAAUUCUGGAAGACAAAAUUAUAGAAAAUUCUAUAAAUAAGGCAGAACAAAAAUUAAAUAAACUAGAAGAUAAUGUCCUAAAUUACAAGUUGCGCAAGCAGAAAUUUAGACCGAAGCCGAAUACGAGAGAUGAUAUUCCAAAUCAUUUUUGCCUUCUUAACACAGUUGCGAGGAAUUGUGAAGAUGACAUUUUCAGUGAUAACACAGAAGUAGGAAAAAAGUACAUCGACGUCCACGUGAACGAGGGUGACAUAUUGUACUUGCCAUGUGGAUGGUUCCACGAAGUGAAGUCCUUCUCAAAUGAAAAAUUCCACCUGGCGUUUAAUUAUUGGUAUUACCCCCCUUAUAUAAAAAUGGUUAAUUCGAUGGAAAUGCAAAACAGGUUUUGCCACCCUUACAUAGACAAACACUUAAGUGAACGGAAUAAAAAUUUGUAUAAAAAGAUUGGCGUUGUUAAUGAAGAAAAGUCUUCCGACAUAGCAGAAACCGUGGCAUACUAUAACAAUUUGAAUAUAAGGCCAAGCAAAAAUGUGAAGAAGAAAAAACGGAAAAGCGUCAGAAGAUUCUUACACACAAGAAGGUUUGAAAGUGGGUCAAAGGCGGAAAAAUUGAAAAAUACGAAGAGGAUAAAACUGUUUGUUCAGUUUUGCUUAGCCAUACCUUGCUUUGUUUUGCUUCCUAGAACCCCCCACAAUUUUCCAAUGAAAGGCGUGAAACGCAUUUGGCUCUCCAUUCUAAGCUUUAUUUCCGUGGUAAAUGCACACGUGGUAGAUGAGAGCAUCCAUCUACUGCCCCUAGAUAAUAAUUUACUACAUGUGAAGCUAAAACUAAUUGUUAAUGGAAAAAGUUAUAAGGACAAUUUCCUCCCCAUAAAUCUGGUGAAAAUACUAAACUAUGUAAAGUCACUGAAGAUUAACAUAAAAAGAGGUGUUUACAGGAAUUAUUACAACAACAAAUAUUUGGACAAUUACCCCUUUGGCUUUACCCUUGCAGUUGAACUGAAAGAAAGGCAAAAGGAUAGCAAGUAUUAUAAAGAAAAGGAAAAGGGUGAAUUUUCAAAAGAUGAAAUAUUUAUCUUGCGACAAUUAAUGAACGACAUUUGGUCUAUCACAGGUGUGGCAACGAAUCUCAUAAAAAUCAAAAAUUUGAUCAAAGUUCAAAAUGAAAUAUUUGCAUUUUUACCUGAUGAGAGUAUAUGUAUAGAACAUUUUUCUCUGCUUAAAAAACUGUACCCAUGUAAAACUUUUGGUGGAUUAUUUAAUGCACUAAGCCCUGAUUACUUAAUAUCAAAGCGGAUGAGCAACAUAGGGUUUGAGCUACAUGACAACAAUGAAAAUUUACUAGUCCUUUAUGUAGACUACAUUACAGAACAUGAUAACAAAAAAGACGUGAAUGUUGUAGACUUAAUAAACAGUAAAUACAAUCCAAAUGAAUGUCCAAUAGUUGACAGAACUGCUAUAUUUGUGAAAAAAAAGGAAGAAAAUAUCGUUUCAACUGUUUUCGAAAAAUAUGGAACUAUCAAUUUAGUGUAUGAUAAUAUAAACUUAUAUAAUAUUGUGCAGAAUGGAAAACCCAAUAUUUUACAAGAAUACAUAAAUGUGCGCAUUCUUAAGGAAGAAGUUAAUAGCAUGAUUACUGCGGACAUAAGAAAGAAACAAAGUUCGCUGCUCUAUGUAUUUCAAAAUUUGAACACAAAAAACAACAGCGAUUUUUUAUUUGUUGAUAAAUUGCCAUACUAUUUAUCGCCCUUGAUACACACGAUGAUGAUUCAAGGGAAGGGUCCUCCUGUAGAAAAUAGCCAAACGAAAGACAAUUGUAAUUUCACCUUUUUCGGGUAUAAUGCAAUAAAAAAUUUUAACAUUAAAUUUAGCAAUUUUGACACUCUUGAGAAUAUACCCAAAAAUGGAAACUUCUACUACAUUAAUUUUAAGCACAAUUUGCCCCCACAGUGUGAAAUAAUAAUGAGGUUCGAAGUAAUCAAAGUACAAGUCCGAUCAUUCGAGUUUGAAUUUGACAUAGAUAGAGGCAUUUUGCUAGGAAGCGGCAUAUUUGUGCAAAAGAGAAAUUACAUCUCACAAGGAGGUGACGAGUUUAUGUACAAAUAUACCCCAUCGCUCUUAAUAGAUAUAAUCCUGCCAGACACAAGUAUGCCUUUUAACGUUAUAGCCAUCUCCACAUGUGUCAUCAUGCUGUUUUUUGGGUUCAUGUUUAAGCUCACUGCCAAGGAAGAAACAAGAUAUGUUUAG